AUGUCGGUACUAUUCGACGAGUCUUUGAUAUCAACUGAAUUUCUUUUCAAAUAUAUCGGGAUUUACUUGGAUCGUCCAAUUCAGAACACUGUCGAGCAUAUAAUAAAAUUUAGAUCGCUGUACAUUAUAAACUUUCUUUGGUUGAACACUGACACCAUUGGCGAAAUAGCAUGGAUCAUACAGGGAGCUAUGUACGGGAAAAGUCUUAUUGAAUUGACUUAUAUGGCGCCCUGUUCAACAUACUGCAUAGUUGCAAACAUAAAAUCCCUCUCCUUACUGCUAAAUCAAGAUAAAGUACAUGAACUGUUCAAACGGAUUCGGAGCGUAGAAAAUAAUACUGAUAUUGGCGAUGAAGGAGUGAAGAAGAAAAUUGUUGCGGAAGGAAAAGAGUUUUUGAAAGCUGUUAUAAAGGCGCUGGGUACCAUAAAUGUAGUGACACUGGUUCUGUUCUCUACAAGUCCAUUAUUGCUUAUGGCUCUGGAGUAUAAGAAAUUGGGAAAGAUUGAGUUUCUGCUGCCAUUUCUAAUUAUUUACCCGUUUAUUGACCCUUAUGACAUCCAUUAUUGGCCGUUUGCAUACGUGCAUCAAGUGUGGUCUACAUAUUUGGUGCUGACUCAAGUGUCUGGAACGGAUUGUAUCUUCUACACAUGCUGCACUAGUAUCUGCACACAGUUUCGCUUGCUGCAAGUCGACAUUGAGAAUAUUAUAACGGAACGGCAUUUCGAUGAGAACGAAUUUCAGGAGAAGUUUAAGAAGUUAACUGUUCGUCAUGAGAGCAUUAUGCAGUUAGUCGGUCAUGUGGAAAGAAUCUAUACGAAAUCGACUUUAUUCAAUUUCGUGACAAGUUCCUUCAUGAUUUGCCUGACGGGGUUUAACGUCACGGCUAUAGGCGACGUGGCAUUCGCGUUGUCCUUUCUCGCAUUUCUGCUAAUGAGUCUAAUGCAGAUUUACCUGCUGUGUUUUUACGGAGACAUGGUUAUGACGUCGAGUAUGGAAGUGAGCAGUGCCAUGUACAAAUCCAAAUGGUAUACAGUGAAUGCAAAAACGGCGAAGCUUCUCUACGUUGUACAAAUGAGGGCACGGAAACCCUCCAAGUUAACGGCGUUCAGUUACGCUGACGUUAACCUGAAGGCUUUUACAAAGAUUUUGAGCACGGCUUGGUCAUACUUCGCUCUUCUGAAAACUAUAGACAGCCCCACGCGAGCGUAAUAGUUCCUCACUCAAAAUGUAGUUCUAAAGUAGACAUUUUUU